UCUGCUAAUGUGUCAAAACACAAACUCCAUAAACAUCUUCUUACGUCAGAUACAACCACGCAUUCAAAUCACUUCUUCUUUCUCUUUCCUCAGAUCAAGUUGUCUUAAAUUUUACUUUAAAUUUCAUCUCGGACAAAUUUAAAUACAUUUUGAUAAUAUUUUUCAUUUAUACUGACAUCUCGUAACUAAUUCACGACGCUACCAAAUCGUAAUGCCAAAAGGUAUUUAAGGUCCUGUCCCAUCAACCAACAAGGCCAACUGCACCACCCCCACGAACAGAGCUCGUCAAGUUCAGAGGAAGUUGGAGAUCGGAAUCAGCAGCCGCCUCACCCUCUUUCGAAGUCUACUUCCGCCCUCUACGACCACCCAAGCCCCCACUCAUCACAACACUCAAGAUUCCUCGGCAGAGAGGGUACGACUAGGACCCGACACAACUACUCGGCAACUGCAGCAUCAGCCUACCCCUACCUCCGCAACACAGCAGCAGCAGCAGCACAAAACCUCCCUUCGUCAGCAGCAGCGAGUCCCCUGCAGCAGCAGUUUCCGCAACAUACCCUACCACCGUCUUCGUUAAGAAAGGCCAAACAGUUCUCGAGGAGCUGCGAAUCUCUUUUCGCAGAACACACCGACCUUGGUGAUUUCAACCUCUCCACUUCCAAUCUCAACCUACAUCGUGCCGAAUCACAGAACUCACUAGCCAACCAGAACCAGAGUAGCAGCUUCGUCGCCCUCUUGCGAGAUCUCUGUUCAAACUACCCACUGUUGAAAUAUAGUUUAAUUGGAAGUGUGGUGUCUCUCAGUUCGUUCCUCACAGUCGCAAUGAUCCACAGGACAGUUCAAGGACUUUUCUUCAUCUUCUCCUGCUCAGUGUUGGGGUCCCAAGGCGAUCUCGAGUUCAGAUGUCCCCAUCCUAGCUACAUUCCGGGUCCCCAGGGUCCUCAGGGGGUGCAGGGACCCAUCGGAGCAGCAGGACCACCGGGACUGGAGGGACCAGAAGGAAAAGUGGGUCCGAUGGGUCCUCCUGGGGCUCAAGGCGAACCGUGUCGAGAGGCAAACCCGAUCGCCUUCUCGGCCGCCAGACAGAUGGGACUGGAGGUGGUGUUCGGUCUCGCUCACACCCUCACCUUUGAUCAGAUGAUGGCCAAUGAGGGGGGUGCAUUCCAUCCAAUCAGUGGCACCUUCACCUGUCCCCAAGACGGACUAUACCUGUUCACUUUUUCGAUGAGGAAGUUCCAACAAGUGAGGGCCGACUUGACAGUGAAUGGGAAGAUAGCCGCAUCUCUCAUCGGAGGAGACUCACCCAACGAGCACAUUUCGCAGACCACUUUGCAGCAGUUGACUAGGGGUGACAAAGUGGCAGUUGAGGUGAAGGGCGCGGGUAAAAUAACCCCUGGCUACGGCCCACUUCUCUCCCACAGCGCCACUUUCGCCGGCUUCAAAAUCAGACACACCCCUUCGGCCAAAAACUUAGGAGGGGGAGGAGCAACGAACAGUGCCGUCUAGAGUUCAAAAUAUAGACUCUUCUUCUUUCUGCUCCUGAUAUUAUUUAUAUUGAAUCACAAUAGUCUGUCCAUUCAAAGUAGUCUCAAUGUGCUGUUUGUUUUAAAUUGUUUGUUUUUAACUGUGUCGGUAUUUUCCGCAAUUGCUUCAAUUUACCUCAUCUUCCCGUAACAUUUCCGUUAUUUUUGGUUGAAAAGUUUUGUUGUUUGUUGUUCCCACUGUAA